CUCAUUUGUAAUGGACUAACUGUGGAUGAAUGACGUGCGAAGUGUUUGAAAUGGCAAAAUUUGAAAAAGGGUUUGCAGUUCUGUUUGCUAAUGGAAGUGAAUUCUUUAACUUAUCGGACUCGGAUUUGGGUUCAGUGCAACUGUUCAAGGAUUAUCCUGAUGGACUAUUGCGAUUCACGGCGGCUUGCUUCUUCAUCUUCAUGGUUAUUGGGAUAUCUGGCAACCUCAUCACUAUCAUCGCCUUGGCACGAUAUGAAAAGGUACGCAACGCAACCGCAAUAUUCAUUAUGAACUUGUCGUGUUCAGAUCUGUUGUUCUGCUGUUUCAAUUUGCCCCUGGCCAAUUCCACCUUCCUUAAUCGAUCUUGGAAACAUGGCAUUAUAUUCUGCAAGCUAUAUCCAAUAAUGAGAUAUGGUCUCGUUGCCGCCUCACUUUUCACUGUCCUGGCAAUUACAAUCAAUAGAUAUGUAAUGAUCGCACACCCAAGACUAUACCCAAAGAUGUAUAAAACUCGCAACAUAGGUAUUAUGCUGGUGGUAAUAUGGAUGGCAGCUUUCAGCCUUUUAACACCGACAGCUUUGAAUAAAUGGGGCCGAUUCGGACUAGACGUAAAAAUCGGCUCCUGUUCCAUUAUUGAUGACAAGAACGGUCAAUCGCCAAAGAAGAUCCUGUUUUUAUCUGCCUUCAUACUUCCUUGCGUCGCGAUAAUCAUAUGUUAUACUCGUAUUUUCUUCAUAGUUCGAAAAACAUCAAGAAAAUCCAAAAGUGUACCGUACAAGGGAGGGCAGCCAUCGUGCGUUGAAUCAUCGUCCAUUGAUUCAUCGGAUUCAAUGUCCGUUAGAGUUUCUGGUCCUGAAGUAAGCAGUAGCGAUAAUUUGGAAAACAAUUCGGAACAAAGUGAAAAUAUGGCCACUCAAAAGGCGGCAACAUUUCAGAUUCAAUGUAGAGAUGAAACUAAAAGAUCUGAGAACAGACUUCAUAGGACAGCUCUAAGAAAGUCUAUGGCGAUGCUAAAACUGAGUCUCCCGACACGAAAGGAUAGACGACUCGGGACAAUGAUAAUGGCCAUUAUGGUGACGUUCUGCGUGUGCCAUCUACCAAUAACAAUAACCAAGAUGUUACGAGACAUAAAUCCUGUACCAGCGUCAACGUUGGCGUCCUACAUCCUAUUGUAUUUAUCUUCCUGUAUGAACCCAGUGAUCUACGUAGUAAUGUCAAACGAAUACAGGAAAGCUUACAAAAAUCUUUUUAGAUGCAGACGGAGAUCAUGAUAUUUUUAAAAUUAAACUAGAAUCUCUAAUCUCCAUUUUGUAAAGUGUAUAAUAUCGCUUAAUUGAAUACUCAGAAAGUAGUUAAAAAUUUCUUCGUUGCAUGUUAGAGCAAAACGAGAUUGUAAAUAGAUAAAAAUUUAGAUGUUAAUGUAAUAUUAGAUUAUUUCUCUCCUGAAAUAAGUUAGCAUAACAUAAAGUAAUUGUGUAUAUUACAUAAUUACGUGUAAGAUGUAUAAUUGUUAGUAGAUUGAAUGUAUAAACGGGCCCAAGGAGUAAUAGAAUUUGACAUUCCGUACUGGUUAAUUAUGUAUCACCCAUAUAAAAGUAGUUGUAUAAACAACUAAAAUUCUGUAUACGAAUAGGUAUAUUAUAUUAUCAGAUACUGGCAAUAACGUAUGCAUAUUUGUAAUUAAAAUAAGUAUCGAAUCGAAACUCUUUCACGGUCGACGGUGUAUGGAAUAACUAACUAAACAUAAUAUAUUGUUUUAAUGUUAAUGUAAAACUCUUUCGAUGUGGAAUUGUAUCAUGUUAAGAUGUAAACUAAGUUAAUAUUAAAAAAAAACUUUUAUACUAAAGUUUUUAAAUGGGGUUUGUCUGCUUAAUAAAUACAAACACAAAGCAACACAAUGUCUAAAACAAUAAUAAUUGAUCUGAAUUUGUACAACAUAGCAAGGAAAAUUGUGUGAAUAAGUCACUCCAAUUAACCACGGUUUCUAUUACAGUAAAUGAUUCUAAACUAAACAUGACUUGAAUAUUUCGAAACAACAACGCAAAACCUAUAAAUGGUAAUUUAAUAAUUUGUUGCAAAUUAUGCAUCAAAUUAAAGUCAAACAAAUGAAUAUACUAAAGAAAGUGCCAUUUUUAUCUACUAAUUACAUUUAAUGUAUAUUUGUCAUUUAAGCCUUGCGAUAACAAAGGAAAGUGUGUCGGGUCCUAAUUGUUAAUUUAUUAAUUAGUACGUCAUUACGGAUGAAAUGAGGUUCAUUAAAAAUUUUAAACUCAUCAAAGAUGUCUAUUGUUUAUAUAGUUAUUGAACUAUAUUAAGCAGAAAUUUGUAAUUACAGACUAUGCUUUCUCAAAUCAAUUAAAAGUAUUAAUAGUCUUAAAUACUACGUUUAUAAUAAUGAUACAAACUCAAAUUAAAUAAAUGGUUAGAUUUUGUUACGUGUGUUUGGGUCUGAUUGAAUAUAUGUAGAAAGAAGUAGUUAUUAAUCUUUUUAAUUUCAGAUGUAAGUUAGGUUUUCAAGAUUUUUACGAAAAAAAUACUCUUAAAAGAAACGUAUAUUAUGUUAUGUAAUUAUUGUUAAAGUCUAUAUUUCCCGUUUACUUACAUAUCUAAUUAAAAUAAUGAAAAUAAUAUUAUUAUUGUAUGAUACAAUACUAUAGCAUAUUAUAUAAAAAUGUUUAUACAUGAAAUAACUAUGUUUUUAAAUUAUUGUUCGGUAUGAUAAUCCUAUUUUUUACCAAGCGGGUUUUCCAAUAAUCUUUCAAUAGGACUUCACUGGUUUGUGAUUAAUGCAAUGAAUGCAAUAUAUAACUUAUACGUUUGACAACUACAACUAAUGCGCACCUACUGAAAUGGCAAUUAAUUUAUUACUGGAUAAUGAACACUUUGUUAUUUAAUUAGCUAAUGAAUUAGCCUACCACUACGCUGCUAAUACCUAUCGAAAUUCGAUAUAUGUAGCUUAUAUAACACAUAUAUAGAAGGGUCAGAAUAUGGAAGGCGAGCUCAUGUUAUAUGCUAUGGAAAAAUUAUUAUCGAACAGAUCCUUUAACUUUUUGGCGGUUAAAUGUUGGUAAGCGUGCAGCAGUGAUGUGUAUUUAUGUAGGUAAAAGAUAUUAACAUAUAAAAGAAUAUAAAUGAAAUACAUUGAGCGACAGCGAUUAAGUACGUUCUAGAUACGCGCGCUCCAUCUCAGACCACAUCUCAGCUUACCAUCAGGCGAGAUCGUGGUCAAGCGCUUCCCUUCCGCUUCAUUAAUAAAAAAAAAGACAUUUAAAAAGUUGAUUGCAUAUUUUCCAUAUUAUGUACAACUGUAAUUAUGUUUAUAAAUGAUCUGUGCAUAUUGUAAUAAAUAUUAAUUUUAAUCUGGAAUGCAUCCGCGAUCUUCAAUAAAAUUGCAUUUAACAAACGUUAUUUUUGAACAUUUCAUGUGUAAACACUUACAUGAUAAACGAUUUAUGUGUGUUAAUAUUUAUAAGUAAACAUGUAACGAAAACACCAAAUGUCUUGAACCAAAGAACCAACUCUCCUGGGGCCACGACACCCAAGCCAUUGUACUUACCAAAGAUGUAAUUAAAUAAAUUGAAAUGUU